AUGUCGAACAAACCAAAGGAGACCGCUCUCAUGUUUGGGCCGACCGGACACGCGAAUAAGCAGAAUCACAACCAUGAGAUCCUCGUGCCUAGUAAAGGCAUUGAUAGAAAUGAUCCAUCACAGAUGAAUCAGCAUCACACUGAAGUGAAAGGAGCGAUCGCGGCCUUGCCGAGCGAAUAUCGUGAAUUGAUCUACGACAUGUACGAGGCAGUCCAACAGCACGACCGGAGUCGCGAACAGGAACUAUUUGCGAAAAUCCGAGAUCGCAAAACUGCGCAACAAGUCCGUGCGUACCUCUACGGGAUGUUAGCCAAUGCAAAAUUGUCUGAGAUGAACGAUCAAAUCGCCGGACGUUCAUAUGAGGCUCAAAUCGACAUGGAGAUGGAAGAUCAUUUGCCGCGAGCUCGCCCCAGGGUAAUGGAUAUCCAAUAUUUGUGUAACACAGCUCCGGUGAGGGUUCCAGCGAGACCGUGGACUACGGUUACGGAUAGUGACGACUUGGUAUCGCACUUAGUAUCGCUUUAUCUCACCUGGGGCUAUCCAUUUUACGCAUUCUUUUGCCGUGACACAUUUGUCAAACACAUGCAGCUAGGGCAUCUGAACUCGGACUUUUGUAGUCCCUUCUUAGUGAACGCCCUCCUCGCCAACGCAUGCUUUUACUCAGACUACGCGGAGGCGUAUAGCUUACCUGGAGACGUGAAAAGAAAGGGCGCCCAUUUUCUGGCCGAAGCAGAAUGGCACCUGAGAUCGCAUCAACUUGAAGGCAGAAGCGAUACCCGGCUGGUUUCAUUACAAGCAACUCUUCUGUUAUAUGAAAGAUAUUCCCUGUCGGGUUACGACAAUAAUGGAUACACGAUGCUUCAUCGAGCGAUAGGAAUGGCCGAAUCACUUGGUAUAGUGAACAAUUCUAAAGUGCUAAACCUGGACACACCACACUUCUCCAAGGACAUGAAACACUCUCUCAAACGAACUGCAUGGGGGUUGUUCCAAAUUGAUACCAUUGUCCACAUGAAUUUUCUUAGACAGAGUCAGAUCAAGCGCGUGAGCCUCGAUCGCAUUUCCCGGAGCGAAACGCUUGCGGAAGAAUUGUGGAUACCCUAUCCGGAGCAAGGCAGUCCUCGUCGGUCUAACAUGAGCUGGUACUUCGAUGAAGCUUGCAAGCUCUCUUAUAUAGCAAGGGACACCUCUUGGAAUAUUGCACGUACCGAUGAAGAUGGAAACAUCAAAAAAGAGCUUUACAAACGGCUGUCCACGUGGGAAAGGGAGCUGCCCGAUACUUUUGAGAUGAUAGAGAAGCCAGCGCCAUAUAUCGUUAUACUCAGGAUGCGCUACCACACUCUGGUCAUCAAUUUAUGUUGCCAUGACCUGCAGACCACCACGUUCAUGAUGAGAAGCAAACAUGAUCCCAAUCUAGCCAGCUCAAAUGGUGACUUCGAUGCCGUCAAGAUUGCUCUCCUAUCGGCACGAGAAAUAGUUGCUCUUGUCCGCAAAUUUGGAACAGAGUAUGGACUGGAACAUAGCCAUCAGUUUGUUAUGUAUGCCAUUAACGUCUCAUUGUUCUGUCUGCUUGCGCAGGGGGACUUUGAUAUCCUGGAUCCUGAUUUCUUGACCCUAACUGAAGCAUUUUCUGUUGUCGCAUGUCGCUCACAAGUUGGGAGGCAUUUGUUUCGGGCAUUUAAAAUAUCAGUCCGCUCCCGAAACCAAGCCGGGAUGAUUGAAAGACCAGAUGAUGCUCCUCCUGGAAUCAAAGAGCUUUUGGGGCUACAUGAAAAUCACGGUGAGCUUGACAAGUGGGAUUAUUAUGCAGAUUGCUUGGCUGAAGUGGAUGGUGAAAAAACCUCCAAUAAGGAUAUUGGAAUAGAUCUCACGGUACCUGGAUUACACCAGAUGCUUAAGUGGUACGAGAAUCUGAGCAUCGGCGAUGAAGUGCAGUGGAGAAGGAACACUGAGCCUGCGUUCUAA